GGAAAGAAAGAAUAUGUUCGAUUUGACGGGCAAGCAUGUCUGCUAUGUGGCGGAUUGCGGAGGAAUUGCACUGGAGACCAGCAAGGUUCUCAUGACCAAGAACAUAGCGAAACUUGCUAUAUUGCAGAGUGUAGAGAACCCCCAGGCCAUCGCUCAGCUUCAGUCGAUAAAGCCGAGCACCCAGAUAUUUUUCUGGACCUUCGACGUGACCAUGGCCAGGGAGGAGAUGAAGAAGUACUUCGACGAGGUGAUGGUCCAAAUGGACUACAUCGAUGUAUUGAUCAAUGGAGCCACCUUGUGCGAUGAGAAUAACAUCGAUGCUACCAUCAAUACAAAUCUAACUGGAAUGAUGAACACUGUGGCCACGGUUUUGCCCUAUAUGGAUAGAAAAAUGGGUGGAUCUGGUGGACUUAUUGUGAAUGUUACCUCGGUCAUUGGAUUGGACCCUUCGCCAGUGUUCUGCGCCUAUAGUGCCUCGAAAUUCGGAGUAAUCGGGUUUACCAGAAGUCUAGCGGACCCCCUCUACUAUUCCCAAAAUGGAGUCGCUGUAAUGGCAGUUUGUUGUGGUCCCACCAGAGUUUUUGUGGAUCGGGAACUGAAGGCCUUUCUGGAAUAUGGACAAUCCUUUGCCGAUCGCCUGCGUCGAGCUCCCUGCCAAUCGACCUCGGUUUGUGGCCAGAACAUUGUGAGUGCCAUCGAGAGAUCGGAGAACGGUCAGAUAUGGAUUGCCGAUAAGGGAGGACUGGAGUUGAUAAAAUUGCACUGGUACUGGCAUAUGGCCGAUCAGUUUGUGCACUAUAUGCAGAGCAACGAUGAGGAGGACCAAGAUUGAGAAUGUCGAAUCAAAUAAAACAACGAAUUACGCCAAAAGUA